AUGCCCAGCCCGGUGGGUGACCAGGCCCAGUCCCCGCGCCCAGGCUGCUCUCCCGCCCCGGGGCCUCCCGCCGACCCUGGCAGGUCCCGCGCUCCCCGACACCUCGAGUCCUCCUUCUCCGUCGAGGCCAUCCUGGCGAGGCCAGCGCCCCGCGCGCCCGCCGCCUCCGUGCUGUCCGCCUGCGCCCCUGCCUCCUCGGGCAUCUGGAAGGCUCCCUCCCCGUCUCCCGCCUCGGGUCUGCCCUGGGCGUGCCCCGCUCCAUGGCUGCCCGCCUACCUGAGCGUGGGGCUCUACCAGCCGUCCCCCCAGCCCCCUGCGCCGGGGCUGCGCGUGGCUCACCUCUGCGGCCUCCAGGGCCUCGACGUCACAGGUUUGGAGCUGACUCACUGCCCAGGCCUCUGGAGUCCCCCAGACUGGGCCCCAGGUGAGGACCCUCGGGACACUGAGAGACCCCAAAAGAGGGUUCGGACUAUGUUUAACCUGGAGCAGCUGGAAGAGUUGGAGGACGUGUUUGCGAAACAGCACCACCUAGUGGGAAAGAACAGAGCCCAGCUGGCAGCCCGGCUCCACCUUACAGAGAACCAGGUGAGGGUCUGGUUCCAAAACCGCAGGGUCAAGUAUCAGAAGCAGCAAAGGCUGAAACCGCCAGCUGUGUCUGCCGUGGCUGCCUCCCCAGACGAGCCCUCCAGCAGCUCUGACACCAUCAUCCAGAGAGAAGACACGGAGUCAGGAGGGGACAGCUGAGGAUUGGGAUGGAGGCUCAACCCAGGCUGUCUGGGCUAGCUCU